AUCCGCUGCUGCGCUGCAAGAAGAAGAAACUUCGAGGAAAGAUGCACGAAGAGGAGGAUGGCAGCGAGUCAAACUCCUGCACAGCCUCGCGGAUCGUGGCCUCCAAGUCCGUGGAUGUGUCCGAGGUCGAGGGCGCGCGGGAGCAGGCCUCCAAACUGUGCGGCUACUUGAACAAACUGUCCGGCAAGGGGCCUCUGAGGGGGUACAAGCCGAGGUGGUUCGUGUACGAUCCGAGGAAAUGUUAUUUGUAUUACUUCAAGACACCCCAAGAUGCCUUGCCUCUCGGGCACAUCGAGAUUGGCGAUGCCUCCUUCAACUACGUGGUGGAGGGAGAGGAGGGCCAGUUUGAGAUCCGCACCACCGGGAAGGAGUUUCUCCUUAAGGCUCCCAGCAAGCAGGUGAUGCUUUACUGGCUCCAGCAGUUGCAGCAGAAACGUUGGGAGUACAGCAACACACGAGGCUCCGGUCAGAGAGACAGCUGGAGCUCCCCGACCUUGGCCUACCCUCCUACCGGCCUCGUGGGCAAAGACAAUGAUGCGCCCAUCUUUGAGAAGCUAAGUGAGAGCAUGGAGAAGGUCCGCAGCGACUUUGCCAUGGAGACAGAGACAGAUGGCGGGGGAAUGGUGGGGAUCCAGUCAGCCAGAGGGCCUUCUGCUGCGUCCACGAACCCCCUCAACUUCUCCCUCAGAAACUUUGGUACAGAACUCAGGAACUCCAUGUCUUAUCUGCGGCCAGGCAGAGGAGGAGAGAGCAGACGCAGUGUGUUUUAUACCCACAGCAACAGCAGCGCAGAGGAGUGGGAGCUGGUGGACGCCCCACCCAAGGACUGCCCUGAACAGAAACCUCAUCCUGACACACACAGACAUUCCUUCGGUUCAGCUUUUACUUUCGACUUAAUGCGCAACUCAUCGCGGCCCAAGAAGCCUUUGCUCCGAGACAUGAUGGGCGCCGGAAGGUUUGGGCGUAAUGCUGAGGCGCGCAGUACAGAGAGCUCCCUAGUGGAUUGUAAUGGCAGCAAACCUUUGGAGAUGCAGCUUCGCCUCCAGAGCCAACAGGAAGAACUCAGCCGCAUGCAGCAGGAAGCGACCAAACUCAGAGAGGAGCUGGCCAGUCAGAAGGAGCUGGUGAGACUUCUGCAGCAGACUUUGAGGACCUCCCAGUGUGAAAGGCUGCCACUGCGCCGUCCACCGCCGAUCCCAGGUUCAUCUGCUGCUUCAGACCAGACUCAAGGUCCGGCAGUUAGCAAGGAAGAGGCCGCUCAGUGGGAGGCCCUGCUUCAGGAAAAGGACGGACAGGUUCAGUCCCUGUGCGGCCACAUGGAGCGUCUCGCCCUGGAGAAGGAGAGUCUGCAACAGGAGCUGAAGGGCCUGAAGAUAAAGGUGGGGGAGAUAAACGACCAGCUGGGCAUGCUGAUGGAGACCAUCCAGGCCAAGGACGAAGUUAUCAUUAAACUGUCGCAGCAGAGCUCCGAGCAGAGCUGCAAUCCAGGCAACGGGUCACCACCUCCCAACAGAGACCAGCAGGAAGUGGACAUCCUCAAGGACAGUCUUGAAGGCUACAAAUCCCAGAACAAGUUCCUGAACAAAGAGAUCCUGGAGCUGACAGUAUUACGCAGGAACGCGGAGAGCAGGGAAAAGGCUUUAGAAGCAAAGUACACGGCCCUGGAAGCCAAGCUGUGCCAGGUGGAGAGUAAGUAUCUGGUGCUGCUUCAAGAAGUGAAGAUGCCAGUAUGUUCGUCCUCAGAGCAGAGUCCAGCCCGAGAGGUCAUCUCAAGAUUACUGGAGGAUGCGCUGCAGGCAGAGAGCUCCGAUCAGCAAGAGCACCCCAUCUUUAAACCCAAUACUGUCAGUGAGUAUGACAUGUACGGCUUCAAGACGGUCCCGGAGGAGGAGGAAGAGGAGGAGAAGCUGGUUGCGAAGGUGAGAGCUCUGGAGCUGAAGUCCCUGUCCAUGACCGAUCAGGAGGUGUCUGUCGGGGUGAAGUGGGAGAACUAUCUGGCCAGCACCAUGAACAGAGACCUGGUUCUCCCUGAGCUCAAGGCGCUGUUCCGCUGCGGCGUGCCCCACGAGCACCGCUCCCAGGUGUGGCGUUGGUGUGUUUCUUUCCAUGUCAAGAAACUUCGGGACCAUCUGGCACCCGACUAUUAUGAGACCUUACUUAAUGUGGCCCGGGACAAGCCCAACCCGGCCUCAAAGCAGAUCGAGCUGGACUUGCUGCGUACUUUGCCCAACAACAAGCACUAUUCCUCCCCGAGCGCGGGCGGCAUCCAGAAACUCAGGAACGUCCUGAUGGCUUUCUCCUGGAGGAAUCCAGAUAUCGGCUACUGCCAGGGACUAAACAGGCUGGCUGCUAUUGCUUUGCUCUAUCUGGACCAAGAGGACGCCUUCUGGAGCCUUAUAGCAAUUGUGGAGGUCUUCAUGCCAAGAGACUAUUACACCAAGACUCUGCUUGGCUCACAGGUUGACCAGCGCGUGUUCAGAGACCUGAUGAGUGAGAAGCUCCCUCGGCUUCACGCCCACUUUGAGCAGUACAAGGUAGACUUCUCCCUCAUCACCUUCAACUGGUUCCUGGUGGUGUUUGUGGACAGCGUGGUGAGCGACAUCCUCUUCAAGAUCUGGGACGCCUUUCUGUACGAAGGGCCAAAGAUCAUAUUUCGCUUUGCCCUCGCUCUCUUCAAGUACAAAGAGGAGGAGUUUUUGAAGUUGCAGGAUUCCACAGCCAUCUUCAAAUAUCUUAGAUACUUCACACGCACAAUCCUUGACUCAAGGAAAUUGAUGAACAUCGCUUUUGUGGACAUGAAUCCGUUCCCCAUGCGACAAAUCCAGAACCGCCGCUCCUUCCACCUGGAGAAAGUCCGUCUUGAGCUGACCGAGCUUGAGGCAAUCAGACAGACCUUCCUCAGGGAGAGAGAGACGAGUCAGGACGGGCGGAGCUUCGUCAGCGACGAUGAAGAGGAUAACUGACCUGAAGCUUGUGGCUGAAAAAUGAAGACAAAGAGAUCAUCUCCUCACACCAGCGAGGUGUUGCAGUUGUAAAGGGAUGUUUCUUAAAGGAUUGUUGGAGUUGGUCUCCGAACCAGGACCAAUAAACUGGACCAAUAAACUUUUUAUACAUUUUUGAGUGAAAUCGCAACAAAACAUUGACCAAAACAUCACAGGCUGAAUAAGGCUUUCUAUCAGUAUUCCUGCCUUUUUUCUUUUUUUGUAAACACUUUAUUUGUUGUGUGCUUGUGUGUUUAUGUGACAGCCAAAACAGUGUGCGUUAUCCACAGCUCUUCAACCUUCAUGCCAAGCUACUCUCUACUCUUCGAAUCAGUAUUUUUAAAAAAACAUGGCUGUGAACUUUUAAUAGAUGGAGAUUUUAUGCCUGUUGAAGGAAUGAUUGUAUUAUUUUCUAAACAUUUUUAACAUUUUUGCUCUCUCCGCCCUUAGUUUUUUUAAUACGUCUUAAAAUGUUUUACCUGAAUCCUUUUUUUUUUUUAGUAUUUUUCACAUUGCUACUCAAAAUGUCUUUUGUGUUAAAUCCCUGUGUGUCCUGAUGCACUCGAAUCACUUAUGCUGAUAUUCAGAUUUUGCUGAAAUUUAAGUCUUAGAGCCUUCUGAUCAAAAACUCGUCCCAAAUUGUACAUAUCAUUCCAGCCUCCAGGGGUGAUUCAGAAAACGUUCAAAGAUGACUUCAAGAUUCCUGUGUAUUAUCAUGUGUUAUCACUUAUCUCAGGAUUCAAAACAAAUAACUAGAGACAUACCAAUUAAGCCAUCAUGCUAACGGUGUCAGCCAGUGUUGACUUUUUAACCCUCUGAAACCUGGAUUGACAUCACUUUUCUUGUGCUGCCUUCAGACGCUUUCACAUUUAAGUUUUCUAAAUCUUAACCAGUUGGUUUGAUUUCUUUCAGAAAUACAGGGAAAAAGGCAAUGCACAACUUGGGAAGCGGUGUCACGCAAAUUGCAUGAAAUUAGUAGCUUUAGAAAACUUUUUUUUAAAAAGAUGAGG